AACGAGCUCGAGAGCCAGAAUGACGACCAGGUCGCGGGUAUCAUGGGCAAAGUCAAGAUCUUGAAGAGCAUGACGGUAGCCAUCGGCGACGAGAUCCGCGACUCCUCGGCCCUGGCAGAGAAGAUGAACGACAGCUUCGACUCGACGCGCCUGCGCAUCCGCGGGACCAUGAACCGCAUGCUCGUCAUGGCGGAGAAGACGGGCGUCGGCUGGAAGGUCUGGCUCGGCUUCUUCGCGGCAGUGUGUUUCUUGUUCAUGUACGUCUGGCUCUUCUAA